UUCUGCACUUAUACGCUCCGCCUUCUGCCCCUCCAAGCCUCCAACCUCCACCUUCUCGGCUUCUCCUUCACUCCUUCAACAUUGAAUACUGGCCUUUGUCAGCACUCUGCAGUCAGCGAUUCGUCGUCAGUGGCCGGAGCUCGUCGUCCACUUAUUAUUUGGUAGUACUUGAAAAAACAUACACAGUAAAGAAUGACGGAAAGAUUGGAAAGGCUGUGUGAUGUGUGUGGGAAUCUUGGAUUUAAUGAUGGUGGUGACGGAUUCUUUUAUUGCACUCGUUGUAACUCUCAAGCUACUGAUUUCGUCGAUACUGGCGUAGAUGAUGCUGACUUGAAUGCAUUUGAUGGUGGGAUCUAUUCUACCACCCAAACUCGUGCUCGUCCUAGGCAGGAGGCCAUUGUAGCUGAGCAAAUUUCUCAGCUCAAGGCUUCACAGUCCCAGUAUCAAGAGAUUCUGAAAACCAUGGAUGACUAUAAUGAUGAUACUGUCAACAAUGGUGUUGGUCCUACUGACCCAAGUGACUUUGGUUCUGUCCAAGAAACUAUCACUUCACCAGACUCCUAUUAUUCAGAGAUCAGGAAGAGGUAUGUUAUGGGCGUUCAAAUUAUGGUCCAGUUGCAGUGUAAGGCUUUGGUGGAGAAAUUUAAUGUAAGCCCCUUAAUUGUUGGGCUUACAGGGCCAAUUUGGUUGAGAUAUUUGGCUUAUGAAAGGGUGAUGGCUGAUGAAUGGGCAGAUGAGGUUAUUCAUGAAUCACAAUCCCAAAUACAAGGGGAAGUUGGUGAGUUUAAGCCUUUGGCUAAGCACAAAGCAGAACCUCACAACCUUCUUGGUAAACGAGCAAUACCAAUUUGGCAUAGAUCUCUGAGAAGUAAGAUUCCAUUAUCUUGUUCUCUGGCUAUCUCAUUUCUUGUUUGUCAUAUAGCCAGAGAGGCAAUCCUGCCAACAGAUAUAGUGAAGUGGACACUUGAAGGCAAACUUCCAUAUUUUGCUGCUUUUCUUGAAAUUGAGAAGCAACUUGGGCCAUCUUCAAGGGCGUGUCCUAUUAGUGCCAGUUGCAUGUUCAGGCCUACUCAGGCUAUCUCCAUACAGAAAUUAGAGUCAUUUGCAGCUUCAAUUGGUCGGAUAAUAGGUUUAGAACUUCCAGCUGUGAAUUUCCAUGCUAUAGCUUCCCGUUAUCUAAGAGAGUUAUCUCUUCCUGUUGAAAAAAUUCUUCCUCAGGCUUGCCGUGUGUAUGAGUGGUCUAUGCCUCCAGAGCUUUACUUAUCAGACAAUGAAUCCAGACUCCCUUCUCGUGUUUAUGUUGUGUCUAUUGUGAUUGUAACAAUAAGGAUUGUGUAUGACUUAAAUGGUGGGAAAUGGGAAAUGAUGUUAUCUAGACCCAGUGCUGAGGAGGACGUUGCUUUGCAUAACUCAGAUCAUUUUGAUAAUAUGUUAAAUGAGGAGGAAGCUGAUUUUGAUGCUUUGAGGCUUCUUCAAAUUCUGGAAACGAAAUAUUCUGAGCACAAAGAUAUAUAUGACUAUGCACAAGAUUUGGCAUCGUAUCUUCAAUACUGUAAAGAUGUGGUUUUUGCCGGAAUAAAUUCUUCUUGUGAGGAUCGUGAAGAAGAAAGUAUUAUAGAGGAACUAUGGGAUUUCUAUCAAAAGAAUAAGGAUGUUGAACCAUCAGAUGGGCUUAAAAAGAGUAAGGAAUUACAAGGGGGCGGAAGUAAUUACGGUACAGCAGAGGAUGGUGCUAAUUCCCCAGGAGAUAACAAAUCAUUACAUGAUGGUCAGUAUUUUAACGAGUCCUACAAGGAUAGGGCAAUAAGGCAACUGAAAUCAAAUAUGGAGGAAAAUCGAUUUUGUUAUAUUCCACCCAGUAAGCACACCCAAAAGAGGAACUAUGGUUACAUCCGCUAUUCUAGAAAGAAAGAUGGUGCCUACAUCUAUGCUGUCCAUGCUGAUUAUUACAUACUACUUCGGUCCUGUGCACAAAUUGCUCAAGUUGAUGUUCGGACUAUGCAUCAUGGAGUGUUGACUUUUCAGAAGAGAUUGGAACAACUGGACAAUAGAAUUGAUUAUUGCUUGCAUAGGAAACUUCCUGGGGACUUCUGUGAUUUUUGCUGCUGUUGAGUUUGGAGGUGAAGCUAAAGCUAAAGCUUCAUUCACCGACUUUGUCCAAUUCUAUUUAUAGGAUCUGGAAGCUUGUAAAGAAGAAUGCAGAUUACUUCAAAUCUCAGGAUAAUAUGAGGAAUAGGAGAAGGAAUUGGUUUAUUUAAAAAACAAGAUAAGAUUUGAAGAUGGCUUUAUUCGUGAAGGCAAAGAAGAUGGUUUUAUUCCAGGGUUAUCUUAAUGCCGGGUGGAAGUUCAGAGCAGUUGUACAAUCAUAUUCAUUCACAGGCAAGGACACAUGAUGUAUCCUGCUCCUGAUAAUACCGGAUUCACUGUAAGCACAGGAGAGGAAUUACUCUAUAAUCCACUGUUGUCGAAAGACCAGGAUGAUGGACGUAGCAGUCCCCACGAACAUGGUACUAGCCUUGCAAGCCAUGAAAUUAUAAGCUUUAUAAAAGGAUUGCACCCCAAUCUUGAGAACCGUUUAUCAGCCCUUGUUCUGGAGCCUUGAUGGAAAAGAUAAAUCAAGGGAUGUGCUAACGGCCUACCGUCCUUGCUUUUAGGAUUCCAUCCCAAUCUUGGGAAUCCUUGUUCUGAAGCCUUGAUGGAGAAGAUAAAUCAAGGGAUGUGCUAAUGGCGUACUGUGCUGGUAGGAUGGCACCCCGAUCUUGAGAAUGAAGAUAAAUCAAGGGAUGUGCUAACGACGUAUAGUGCUUGUACAUUGGUGCUUAUAGCAGGACCAACUUCAUACCUUCAAUUGAAUUAUACAUUGGGAACAAAUAAUAAGCUUCAUAACAUCACGCUACAGAAGAUAUAUAGUUUAGCGCCCCGGGGAAAAUGCCGUGUGAUUUUUCAUCAUAUUGUAAAUAAAGUUACCAAGCUACUGAAGAAAUUGAUUGUUCAAAAUGCGUGUUUUGGUCCUACUUGACGGAGAUGUAUAUCUGUUUUCCAUGUUAUUAUGACAAUUAAGCCCGAAAAUGACGUGCACGUUAUCUACUACGGAGCAGUUUUUAGUCACUCUUUCGAAUUAUUCUCUCAAAA